AUGUCUUUUGCCACCGCCAACCUCCGUCUACACUCCCUCAGACGGCUGCGCCGCAGGCUCCUCAACCGUGUAUUCGCGGUGGCUUACACCGCUGUUAUUUUGGCCUUAUUCUACCACCAUGCACUCACACUCCUCCAAUCCACCAACUUCAAAGCUUUCUGCAUAUCCUUCACUAUUUUUGUUUCUGAUAUUAUCCUAGCUUACAUGUGGUCUACAACCCAGUCAUAUCACAUGAAUCCCGUGUCUCGACAAGAAUACCCGGAAAAUCUCGAAAAAUUCUUGGACCGGAAAGAUUUCCCGGCCAUGGAUAUAUUUAUAUGCACUGCAGAUCCAUAUAAAGAGCCACCUAUUAACGUUGUUAACACAGCUUUAUCAGUUAUGGCUUAUGAUUUUCCGACAGAAAAGCUGUCGGUUUAUGUGUCGGAUGAUGGAGGAUCAGAGCUUACACUGUUUGCUUUCAUGGAGGCUGCUGAAUUUUCUAGAAUUUGGUUGCCUUUUUGUAGGGAAAAUAAUGUUAUAGAAAGAUGUCCAGAUGCUUAUUUCAGCUCAAAUUAUGCUCAAAACCCUAAGACUCUGGAAAUUAAGAUGAAGUACGAUAGCAUGAAGACAAGGGUAGAAAGCGUGGUCGAGGAAGGGAAGGUUAGUGAUGAAUACAUUUCCAAUGAAAAGCAACAUCAAGUUCUGAAUCAAUAUCGGACUAAAGAUUUCACUCGCCAAAAUCAUCCCUCUAUCAUUCAGGUUAUGUUAGAUACCAAGAAUGACAAGGAUCUUAUGGAAAAUUCAAUGCCAAACCUUGUAUAUGUCUCUAGAGAGAAAAGCAAGGCUACCCCACAUCAUUUCAAGGCCGGUGCCCUCAAUGCCUUGCUUCGUGUUUCAAGCAUCAUGACCAAUGCACCAAUUGUCUUAACUCUAGAUUGCGAUAUGUAUUCCAACGACCCUUCGACGCUUCAAAGAGUUCUUUGCUACCUUUCGGAUAAGUCGAGUCGGCCCAAUUUAGGGUACAUUCAAAUCCCACAGCGAUAUCAUGGACUCAACAAGGCCGAUAUCUACGCGUCUGAGCAUAAACAUUUGUUUCAAAUAAAUCCACCCGGCAUGGAUGGGCUUGACGGCCCGAGUUAUGUUGGGACAGGAUGCUUUUUCCAUCGAUGCACAUUUUUUGGUGGCCCAUCAUCACUUGUUCAGCCAGAAAUUCCAGAGCUUGGGCCAUAUUACAUUGUGAAAAAGCCCAUUGCGAAUCAAGAAAUUUUAAAUCAAGCCCACCAUGUUGCUGGAUGCAAUUAUGAGUAUCUAACCAUUUGGGGAUCUAAGAUAGGGUUCCGGUAUGGCUCCUUGGUCGAGGAUUAUUACACAGGUUAUCGGCUUCAAUGUGAAGGAUGGAAAUCGAUAUUCUGUGACCCAAACAGGCCUGCAUUUUUGGGUGAUGUUCCAAUUUCUCUAAUUGAUGUUUUGAACCAGAACAAGAGAUGGGCCGUUGGGCUGCUAGAGGUUGGCUUCUCAAAGUACAGCCCAUUAACUUUUGGGAUCAAGUCCAUGGGGAUUUUAAUGGGCCAGGCUUAUGCACACUAUGCAUUUUGGCCCAUUUGGAGUGUUCCCAUUACAGUCUACGCUUUCCUCCCUUCACUAACUCUUCUCAAUGGAGUCCCCAUCUUUCCCAAGGUAUCCGAUCCUUGGUUUCUUGCAUACGUAUUUCUAUUUCUUGGGGCCUAUGUACAAGAUUGCUUAGAUUUCAUAUUAACCAAAGGGAAAUUCCAAAGGUGGUGGAGUGAUCAAAGAACUUGGCUCAUAAGGGGACUAUCAUCGUAUUUAUUUGGUUUCGUAGAGUUCAUAACCAAACAAUUAGGAAUAGCCACACAUGGAUUCAAUGUGACAAGCAAAGUAAUGGAUGAUGAACAAAGUAAAAGAUAUGAUGAAGGAAUAUUUGAAUUUGGAGUAGAGUCCCCUUUGUUUGUGCCAUUAGGAAUGGCUGCAAUUUUGAAUUUAAUGGCAUUUUUCUAUGGUGGGAUAGUGCAGAUUUUCAAGGAGAGAAAUUCGGAUGGAUUUUUUGUACAAAUGUUUAUUGCAGGAUUUGGGGUUUUGAAUUGCUUGCCAAUUUAUGGAGCCAUGGUUUUGAGAAGUGAUAAAGGAAGGAUGCCUACAAGGACUACCAUCAUUUCUACUCUUUUUGUAGGGGGACUAUGUGUUGUUACCUCUUCUGCACUCAUGAUGUGA